AUGGCCAGCGAGCCGUGGUUCGGGGGGUCUCUGCCUACCGGUGUCCGAGACCCCCUCCCAGCAGGAUACUCGGUCCCCGGACCGGCCCCCACCCCGCACAGCCGUGCCGAGUCCCCUUGGCCUGUGGCCCCUGGCCGAGGAGGGGCUCCGGCCGAUGCUGAGCCUCUGGCUCCAGCCCCGUUACCUGGCCCGCCUCCGACCCCCACCCCCGGCCCUGCCCUACUGCCCCUGGAGAGUAUGUUCAGCCCCAUCACGGAGCAGCUCCGCUACCUGCUCAAGAAAGCAGAGGAUUUCCAGAGCUACCUGCUCUACAGCAGGGACCGGGUCCAGAAGGAGCAGUUGGCCAAGGCGAUGCCAACUUUCCUGCAGAUGUGCCAGCCUUACUUCCUGUACCUGGAGUCUGCUGCCAGGGGCAUGCCCCCAAUUCAUGGGGCCCUGCAAGAGCUGGUUCGGAAAAAGCUGCUAGAAAUCUCUCAACAGCUGGCCCUUAGGCUGGAACAACUGGUGCUUAUGUAUGCCUCCUUUGGGUUUGUGGCACUGGAAGAGACAGAUCCCCUCAGUGUCUCCUGUUUUUUCUGCGGAAAAUUCUCACUGGGCCCCUCCCAUCAAGUUUCAGUUUUCCGAUACUGCUCUCCAGCCCCUUAUACAGCUGGCCGACUUCCCAGAUACCUGUACAAGAAGAUGCGCUGGAAUCUAGAAGCUAGUGCUGAGAACAGCAACAGGGGACAUGGGCCUCAUGUAGAAUACUACUUCCUGUGCUAUCGAGAUACUUGGGAGGACACGGGCAAGAGUCCUGCUAACUCUUGUGCCCAGAUUCAAAAGCUCUGGUCCAUUGGCCGCUGGCUGCCCCUGGGCCCAGGCCAAGACGGCUCCUCGGAUAUCUAUUCCUGGAUCCUGUGCCCUCAGCCCCCGGGGGAAUACCAGCAGCUGCUGACCAUUGGCUUUGAAGAGCCGUCGCACACCCUGGCCACCGAUUUGCUGGUACAGAUUCUCACGGGCCAGGCAGGGAGCGCAGGGCGAGCCCCAAGUACAGCCACGGGUCCCCCUGGCUGGCCUGUGGCUCCCGGGCCCUGAGCCCUUGGUCGCCCUCGGUUUUGGCUAUGGGGAAAUGGGGUAGGGGUGGGAGAAGGACGCGGAUUCUUCUCCAGCCCUCUAACCCGCAGGCAGCAUAGGCAGGGAAGACUGGAACGUGACGACUCCCGCGAGAAUGGAAAGAUUGCUCCGUUUGGAUUUAAUAAACAGAAAAGAAUUUAGAGGUGCCUCGGUCUGAGCUGUGUGGGUUUAAGUAC